AUGUUGAAUCGCUUCAAAUCAGUAUUAAUGAGUGCUGUGGGCGCGAGCGAGCUCGGCCUACAGUACCAUAAUGAUUCAGACAAUGAUAUGAUGACAGAUUAUAUCAACUCCAAUUAUGUGGUGGAAGUAGAAAAUAAACCUUACAGCCGUCCAAGUUUUUUAGGUUUAACAAACGAAGAGACGCAGGUAAGUGCAGAUCACAGAGUAAGGCCUAUAAUAGUUCCAAGAGAUCUUAGCCGUUUGCCAUGGUGUGCUGGCUAUGCAGAGUGUAUAAACGCUGGGAAAAGCACAUGGAAUGAGGAUCAAGCUUCGGCAACGCGCGGAGAUUUAAAAUUGUCAGACAUUAAUGUUACACUGCCUUAUGUCAUGUUUUCAAUGUUUGAUGGACAUGCAGGGUACCAAGUGGCUCUUACAGCAAGAUUACAUCUACAUAGGAUAAUCCUAGAAAGGUUACUGGCCAUACCAGGCAAUAUGCUAUUGAACGAAGAUGAGCAUGAACUGAUAAAGGGCAGAGAUCUAGUUACAGGCGCUAUAGAAUUAGCGUACAGACAAAUGGAUCAAAUGGUGGAGAUGCAAGCUCAAAAUGGUGGUGGUGGUUGUACGGCUAUUACAAUUUUGUUUCUUAAUGGACGACUUUAUGCAGCAGGUGCUGGUGAUUCGAGAGCUGUAUUAGUUUUGGGAGAGGAACAACGGGCUCUUACUAGAGAUCAUACUCCAGAUUCGGAAUCAAAUCGCGUUAGAGCUUUAGGUUUUUUAAGAAGCAACGAGUUGCUCAAAGGUCAUUUUACUCCGUUAGAGUUUAGAAAAAGACCGUUGCAAAAGGAACUGGGAUCUUUGGUUUUGUACAGAGAACCUUUUAUGACAGGUUGGGCGUACAAAACCUUAACGCAUUCUGACCUAAAAUUACCGCUCAUUUCGGGACAUGGAAAAAGGAGCAGAGUAAUGGGAACGAUAGGCGUGACUAGAGGCUUUGGGGACCACGGUUUGAAGGCAGCAAAUACUGGUGUUAAUAUCAAACCAUUUCUAUCAUCACAACCCGAAGUACAAUCUUUAGACUUGGACAGUUGCAAUCUUACCGAACGAGAUUGUAUUAUUGUUGCCACGGACGGACUGUGGGAUGUAGUAACGGAUAAAACAGCGGCAGCGAUACUUAGAAAAACUCUUGCACCUGAUACUCCAUCAUUAGAAUACAGACUGACAAUGGGUGCUCAAGAAUUGGUGCAAGCGGCCAGAGGUCGAUUAAUCGGUAAAGUAUGGAUGGGAAAACCAGAGAAUCCUAACGAAGCAGAUGAAAAGUCCUCGCCUAUAGCAUCGGUAGACGAUAUUAGCGUAUUAGUGGUACCUUUGUACCCUUAUUUAUGUGAACAUUUACAAUGGCUAAAAACGACGCAGCAAGAACGAAAAUAUGCUGCGGAUUCCCUAGCAACAAUGUGCUUCGAUUAUCCUAUUUCUAAUAGAUCUGCCGAUAAUCCUGCAUAAUGAAUCAUUACGAUUAUCGGAUGUUAUUACUCAAUAUACAGCUAACAAAUUACAUUUAUUUGUAUUGCUACAAAGAUUCAUCAUCUAUUGUCGCAAUGAUUUUCUAGAUUUUGUCGUAGAAUAAUUAGCGAUUUAAGUGCACAGUUGCCGUAUAUAUUCUCCAUAGUUCUUUUCGCUAAAAUAUUAAAUUAUUGCGUACUGCCACAUAUGUACAUGGCGAUUGUUAAGUAUUCUAUGAGAUUUUAAGAGGUGAUUUCUUACACUAAUUUAAGACACAAAUACUUCAUACGAUCAAAAUGACUUAGUAUUAAAGAUAUCAAAGUUACAGAAAAUUUUUUUUCGAAAGUUACUCAAAAUUUUGUAUGCAACUUGGUAUAUGUUUAAAAUAACCAAAGUAGUUUUUGCAAAUUUUAAAUAAAUAAAAUUUUGUCUUCAACUUUGAUAUCUUAUAUCUUUGAAACUAAAUGGUGGCUUUGGACAUAUGAUUAUAUGAAGUUUCCAUCCUGAAUUAGCGUGAAUUAUCUCUUGAAAUCUUUUAAAGAACUUAAUGACUGCCUUAUAUACACAUAAAUAUGUUAACUACAAAAGGCUAUGUUCUUAUUUUAUUUAAGUAAACAUUCCACUGUGACAUUUUAUGUAUAACUUGAAAUAUCUAUAAUAUUCCAAAUAUUUGAUACGUGAUCGUAUAUAAAUCAUAUAGAUAUAAGCAUUAAUUUCUGGAUUGUUACUACAUACAGAGAUUUAAUACUGGUAAUAUUAACCAGUGAUUAAUUAUUUAUUUUGAGUAUUAAAAGCAUUAACAAUGUUCUUAAUAUUCAAAAUAAGUAAUUGAAAUUUCCAUAAGAGAAUAUGUAAUUACAGACUGUAUGUACACAAGGUAAUAUCAAAAAAUAUCAAUAUUUUUAUAUUGCUUUUGAGGCAAGCAUAUGUUACCAUUUACUAUUUUGAACGUAUAUAUUGUAACGUUCAAUCUUUAUAGAAAUUAUUUUUAUGUUAACUCUGUGACUACAAACGUAUGCAUGUAUGUAUGUUUAAUUAAGAUUGAGAACAUUACAUUAAAAGUGAACAAAAUCUUAAGGAUAUAAUUAAAAAUGUGUUUGCACACAUUUUUUGAUUUAUUGCCUUCUAUAUCUAUAUUUCUCUCAUUCAUUACGAACGAUGGAAAAUGUUUUGCACAUUAUGUAGUCAAAGAAAUAGCUGGUGAAAUUGUAAGUCUGAAUCAAGUAAUCAAUGGGUGCAUUUGGUAAAGCAAAUCUGAAGCGUCUGAAGGCACUGUUGACACAUUCUGUCUUUGUUAUUUAUUGGCAUUGAAUAAAGAUAGUGUGAGGUAAGAGAGCACUCCGACGUCUCAGAUUUGCUUUGCCGAACUCAGUAAAUGUAUGUGUAAAAAAUUGUACAUAAAAAGAAAAAGUAUUGCUUUCUUUUUCGUAGUAAUCAUGAUAAUAAUUAGACUUUACAACAUGAUGUAUCACAUAAUUCUAUAUUAUAUUAAUAAAUAUACAAACACAUCAUA